CAAAUAAUAAUUUUUCUUGUGAAAUAAUACAAAUAAGCAGACAAAAUUUGACCUCUAUCAUAUAUAUAUAUAUAUAUAUAUAUAUAUAUAUAUAUGAUUAUCUAUUGUGUGUUGGCAUGUUUCUGUCAGUUUGACCCAUAUUUCUCUUAUCAAUAGUUACAAUUAUUUUAUUCAUUAUAAAACGUAGAAAAUACAAUUUUGAUUUUAGAACAACAUAAUAUGUUUAAAUAUGUAUAAUGGUUAUAGAAGGCGGUAUUUUAGGUAUCCUAAGCUUUUUGUUAUCGCUUGCACUUUUAAACUAAUGGUUGUGGAAAGCAAGUCUAUUAAAGUCCCAUCCAAUUCUUAAAAUUAUAUUUCAGCCUGUCUAAAUAGUGAUUACAACCCGCCAUACUUGAAAGCUUUUACAGUUAGACCAUAUUUGUUGUUGUACCAAGUCACCAGUCGAAACCCUAAUUCUAAUUUGUUAUGUUUCGCGCCUACUAUUUGAUCUGUAGCUUGGUAUCUCUAACUCGGUCAACUACACCUCUUGGUUCUUUACUUCGAUUCUUCUCUAUGCCGUCUCUUGGGUCCAAAAAUCAGCGAUCAGCUUCUACCACAUUUAUAUUUCAAACAGACGUAGUUUAUACACACAUACCGAUAAAAUGAAGAACAAGAACUAUACAUAAAGAAGUCAAAAGCAGCUGUGAUUAGGAAAGAAUGUGAGCAAUAGAUUGGCAACAAAUUAGGAACAAUGAGUCGUAUGACAGUUUAUGGGUUAACUGAAAGGUUAUGAUAAUAGGAAUACAUAGAGAUGGUAAUCUAAUUAAUAAUGAGAAUAUAUAUGUGAGGACGGCCCAUGGGUGAACUCCAGGAAGCUCUAAGUAGCUUAGAAACAGCCAAAGACAUUUCAUCCAAUCAUCUUUUGGAAGAACACUCCAGAACCUCGACGUGCAGCUUCCCUAUUGGACAAACGCUAAAAACCACUGGUUGUGGAUUGCAUGACUAUAAUGAUGAUUUCGCUUUUACUAAAAACUAUAAAUACCUGAGAGCUUCGUAACAUAUUUGAAACUGCUUGAAAUAGCAUUCCUUCUCACUCAUCUUCUGUCUUCUCAUUUGCGACUUGGAGGGUUCUAACGUUCGAGUGCUCAAGUUGUAUGCGGUAUAUCAAGAAUCUAAGCUCUAGAUGUAACAAUAUAUAAUGACAAUCCAUCAAUCAGUUCUGGGAGUUACCAUUCCUCCAUAACAAUAUUCAGUCCAUUUGUAUAUACUCUACUUUCGAGCCCAAUACUAGAAUAUGAAAAUUGUGUAUAAAAACGUCAAAUACCCACAGUGAAUGAAUGUCUAGUGACGUCAAGAGAAUAAUCAUUUAUAUCUAGAUGUUAGAAACAUAUAAUCUCCGUCAUAAAGUUCUGUACUUUCGGUUAUUGAAACUAUGUUCACUGUAACAAAGGACCUAAAUAUUGAAAACACUAACAUAUUUUACUGUCCCAUAUAUCAAGAGACAAUAUUUCAUUACACUGAAGUGUCAGUAUUUGUUAUUAGAUACGAAAAAGUUAUUAUCUGAUAUCUAGGAGGCAAGAAAGUACAAGGGAUAGUGAAAAGAAUAAACUGAAGCGCUGUCAUAAUUGUCCGGGCUAUUGACAAUCCUCGUAGACCUUAGUAAUGGGCAGUUAUUUCAUUAUCAAUAACCUGACAGGUGGCUAGUUUAGUAUCAAUAAUCUGUUUGAAUUUAGGAUAUGAUAUGUACGAUCUUUUUGUAGAUAAUCUUUUUCAUUUCUCGCGUGUCGUUUCCCUAGUUUUUGUGUUCAAUCGCAUGCACAGAAGGUUCUUCUGUCAGGACAGUAAGUGUUAUUUCUAGGAUGACUUUUCCUUUGCUUUGUUUAAAGAUAACAUACCUUAAAAUGCUAAUUAUUCGUAGAAAAAACCCCACUGAUGGUAUACACCUACACAUUGAGCAUUAUGGCAUAUCGUAUUUGGAAUUCUUACUACUGUUCAGCCAACUUUCGGAUUAUUGUAGGAAUUCAAUUAGCAAGUGUUACAGUUUGUCAGAUGGAUCUUUAUCACAGAUAAGUCCAGUCAUGGUAACACUUCCCUCUUCUAAUUCUGUUAAAGUGAAGAUCAUUUGUCAACGAUGUAUACGUAAAAUGGAUCACCAUUGUCCAUGGGUAAAUAAUUGUGUCGGUGAAGGUAAUCAAAAGUACUUUGUUUUAUUCGCUUUUUAUAUUUGUCUAAUGUCAUUUACUGCUAUUGGAAUGUGUAUUUAUUUUCUUUUGCAAUGUUUGGGUUCCGAUUGGGAGGUUUGUCAAUCAAAUCAGAAUGUUAAUAUACUAGGCAAUUUUAGUUCAUUAGCGUGCAGUGCAUUUGCCCUAGGAUUGAUAUGUGAAUCCUUGAUGUUCGGUAUUUUCACUUUAGUUAUGUGCAUCAGUCAAUUGUGCGCUAUUUCAAAUGAUGAAACAGGAAUUGAAAAUAUUAAAAAAGAACAGUCAUCAUGGGAGAAACAAUCAACCAGGAAAAAUUUUAUCAAAGCGUUUGGUGCACCAUUUUCAUGGCGAUGGUUUAGUCCAUUCUCAUCACCUUCAUUUGUUCCAACAAUAUUACCAGGACUUCCAGAUGAUGUCAAUUUAACCAAUAUGUUAUAUUUAGCUGAACAAAAUGCAACUCGACAAAAUACAAGUGAAUUUCAGUCAGAUUUUAAUCAAAUUGGAUAUAUCGUUUGAAAGAUAAUUACUUCUUCUUUCUUUUUUUUCUGUUUUCUAUAAUCUUAUCACAGUUCAUUGUGAGAGAAAAAAACGAUGAGUUCAGUUUUAAUCUUUGUAUAAUGUAAUACUCGCAGAAUUACCUCUAUACUAGAUUCAUAUAAUUGUAAUGUCUCCCUUGGGUAUAUAUCCUAAAAUUAUUG